AGGGUUGGGUGUGCGCAUAGCAGCCGUGCAAUCGGGAAAAGACCAGGGAAGAGGCAGAUGAUACAGCCCUUCAGACAAACGUAGCGGACGUGAUCGAGUGAUAGCUUGGUUAAGAAAACGGUGAGAUAAGAAAACCCGGGAGGGGGAGGGGGCGGUGUGUCACAUAGAAAUAGGAUCAUGUGGUUUUCCUUGCUGGGGUGUUUAGUUGUUGAAUAGGUCACUCUCGGUUCAUGCGUAACGUUCAGCGAUCCCUCAUGUUGAGGGUGUAGGAUGGAAACAAGCUUCUAUACAGGCGCCGUGGUGAAUUCCCGAAGGCUAUCCAGCAUCCAUUCCCAGAGCAGCAUGAUGAAGAAGGAAAUCCACCUCAACCUGGACCAGCAGAGCAGCGAGCUCAAAUCCAACGCGGACGGCAUGCUCAAUUCCACGGAUUUAGGACUGCUAAAGCUGGCCUCGCCGGACCUGGAGCGCCUCAUCAUCCAGUCCAACGGCAUGAUCGCCGCCGCCGCCAACGCCACCACCGCCGCCGCCCCCCAGAACUCUCAGUUCCUCUAUCCCAAGUCCGCCAGCGACGAGCAGGAAUUUGCGGAGGGUUUCGUCAAGGCGCUGGAGGACCUGCACAAGCAGAACCAGCUGACCGAGGCGGCGUGCGUCUCAGUGGACAGACUGGAACUCAUCGGCUCCAACGCGGUUUCCGCCGGGCUGCCGGCCUCAGACCUCCCCGUUUACACGACCUUGAACGGCUACGCAGGCAGUCCGUUGGGUGCCACAGUGAACUAUUCCGCAGACGCCCUCCCGUUCCCACCUCCGCCGCCUCAUUUGCCCGGCGCGCAGGCAUCCGCCGCUGCCGCCGCCGCCGCCCUGUCGCGCCUCCAGAGCGCCAGCGGCGGGGUGAAGGACGAGCCACAGACGGUGCCGGAUAUGCAGAGCUUUGGAGAGAGCCCUCCUCUCUCUCCCAUCGACAUGGACAACCAGGAGCGCAUCAAAGCGGAGAGGAAAAAGCUCCGCAACAGAAUAGCAGCAUCGAAGUGCCGCAAGAGAAAACUGGAGCGGAUCUCUCGUCUGGAGGACAAGGUCAAAAGCUUGAAGACGCAAAAUACGGAGCUGGCAUCCGCAGCCAGCGUCCUCAGGGAACAAGUGGCCCAGCUGAAACAGAAGGUGAUGAACCAUGUGAGCAAUGGAUGCCAGCUUCUCCCAAACCAGGUCCAGGCUUAUUAAUGUGUGUUGGGGAAGGGGGGCGGGGGGUAUUUCGAGUAAGUGUCUCCAGCCUUUGUACUCUGCACGGUUCUCUCUUUGAACAUGCAAAUUUGUUCGGAGGAUACGAUAUGGAUCUGUGACUUGGGAGCAGCUUUGAGACGGGCUUGCUUUUUAGAUGCCAAGCACGUCAUGACCCUGGCCUGUUAUUCACACAUUCACAGAGGAGUCUCGCAUUUAUUUAGCUGUACCUGCCAGACACGUCUGCGAGCGAGCGCGCACCAAAAAUAUGAUGUCGGAUGCCAAAUGAUUUUACGCGUUUUGAUUAACAUUAAUAAUCCUCAUUGGUAAGAAAAUUGGCGGUGUAUUUCUGCAACCGCACCACUAUUCUCCCAGCCUCGAUCAUGGGGUAGGAUUUUACACAAACGCCAUCGACAGAGAUGCAAGUAAGACCCAAGUUUAACCUGCUCACACAACUCAAGCUCUUGACAAAAGUUUUGAAAUGUGUCUUGAUGUGUCGGCCUACUUUUCUGGGUCGUUGGUUAGAUAAAAACGUGAUUCAUUUGUGCUGAUCUGAGAUCUGUUGAACCGCUGCAAACGCGUCUACUUUAUAGCCAGUGUCAUGCGUCCAAGCAGGAUGUUAUGUAAGCUAAAUUACAUGCAAUGUUAGCCACUCAGCUGUAAAUGUGCAGUCAACACAAGGCCUACAACCAAUUCCAAACACUGAGACAAUGAUUCUGCAUCGCUUUCCACAACAGCCCCACCACAUUCGUGCUUCGUAUCCAUGGCAGCGUGUCCUCGUUCAAAUGUCAAAAGGGAACCAUUGUUUGUCCUCAAGUGUCUCGAAAAUAGUUUAGUGGCCAUUUUAAUGCGUCCUCCAGGUAUAUAUGUCAAGCGUGACCGUGAAACGAACACACACACACACACCCCUUUUUGACAUUUUUGUGAAAGGGAAUUGGGCAUUGAGGAUGGAUCCAAAGCAACCGAAACAUUUUCAGUUAAAACCAGGAGCAGGUGUAAGCUGUAGCCUCUUUUUAUUUCACUACAAACUGCCUACAAACUGUUGUAAUGCAGCGAACGACCUAAUUUUGCGGCCCUCGUUUUGGGAACACAUGUAGCAACCGCGGCUACCCAGCGGCCUGGAACAAGCUAGCCAUACCUGCAUGUCAGCUGGACAAUCUCAAUUUGGUGCAAUUUAACACUAGGGUGUCAGAGUGCUGUCAUCCACCGUGUAAUAUAAUGCCUUACUUGUUUACAUGCACUUGCCAAUGACAAAUGUAUAUUUUUAUUUACUGAAACAUAUGUGUCUUAUAUUACAUAGUGCGGUCUUACUUCUUGUUGUACAUCCCUUUUUUGCAGAUAGACAGUGCAUGUUUUGUAGUUUUUGUGUACAGUAGCCAAUUAUAUUUUCAUUAUUGUGGCUGUCUUGUAGUCAUACUAUGUUCUUUUUCAGUUUAAAUUUACUCAAAUCUAUGUACAAGUAUGAGCUGAGAAGCCCCACAUAAGACAUCUGUAAUGGACUUUUACCUCUCAAAAGACAUUAAAUUCAUUACAUUGGUACAGUGAGUGUGCGUGUGUGUGCGUGCGUGCGAUAGAAACCACAUAAUGCCCUCUAGCGGGCAUGAGUGUGCCUCUCAUUUACCUUUGAAAUACAAUUUCAUAAAUAGCUAGUAAGCAACCUCUCGUCAUUGACAAACAAGCAGAAAUAAUUUUCAUAUCAUGACAAAUUACUGGCUUCCAGAAUUUAUUGAUUCCUCAUUUUUAGCAAACCUGGCAUUUUAGAAUUACAGCACAAGUCACACAUCUAAAACUCAAUGGGGUGGGAAAAAUCCUUAUUUACAACAGGGAUAAUAAGGAAGAGAUGGAUUACAUGUUCCUAAAUCAGAGGCAAGUUUGCAGCUGUAGCAAAACACAAUUAACAAGAGAACACAGUAAACAACUCAAACUUGAACCAUCGCAGUAAAUAUAACCUUCAAUUUUACUUUUAAAACUUUUCAGCUCACUUCCCAAUACUUCUAGCGUGUCUGAAAGCUGCUGCAUAGGAGGCAUGUGGUAUACACCAGUUGCUUCUAAACAGCAGUGCUCUAGCCUUUUUAGACCAUAAAACUGUAAAAAUGUGCCCGCCAACCACUCUAACAAGAACUUGGCUCUGUAGAUUAUAAUGAGGCUUUCUGUGGAAAGAACAAUAAGCUUAUCUGCGUAGGACUUUUAUACAAGCAGUAUCUCGUAAAAGAUAAACUGCUUCGACGGGGCUACUUUCUGCCAGUAAUAGCUGUUUGCAUAAAGGGAGAUGGGGCUACUGUUGCUCUGUUACAAGAGGAAACAGUUGAUAUUAAACAAAAUGAAGAUGAAAAAAAAGAAAAAGUUACUGAACGUAUUUGGACAUGACCAGGAGUUCUUACACUGGAAUGUUCAACAGUUACCUUAAAGAGGUAUCCUAAGCCCCGAGGUCAGUGUAAAAGUAAAAUAUAAGGUGAAAAAAGCUUGCAGAUUCUCGCUAGGGAAUCUCAAUUAUCUACUUAAAAACACAAUGCAAUGCAAUUGCAAUGCAUGCAAUUGCAGCCAUAAUCUAGGAAGGACAAUCUGAAAAUAAAUAGAAUCAAUAAGUUAUAAAUACUGUAUAGGAAUAUAUUUUGAAUUAACUUUGGUGAUUAAAGUUUGACAUGCCUGGACGUAUCUGUGAUGCAUGACUUCCAGAAUGUUUGGUGCUGUCACAACACCACAGGACAAUUCCCUAAUCUUAGGACCAAAGACAGAGAGGGAGCGAGACAGAGAGAAUAAGGUAAAGACACCCUGUGACAUUUAACAUGCUUGAAAGAAAAAAUUUCCCUGCAAAAUGAAGAGAGAGAAACCCCCCCCCCCCAGUAUUCAUCAAAACACAGGAGACUAUAGCAUCUGGAAGUUGACAGAAUUAUGGCCGUCGUGAGGUGUACUGGUGCAUACACUUAAAUCACAUGCCAUCUAUCUAUCUAUCUAUCAUCUUGCUGUGUGUAAAUGUUUGCAGUGCUCACUGUAGGCAGCAAUUAUAUCACGGUGCAUGAGAGUUUUGUACAGUGAGACAAGAUUAUGGGUAUAUAAAAAAAAAAAAAUCUUCCUCUGAAAAGCCACAUGCUAUACCUUCUGCUGUUGGACCUGUGGGAUGCACAGGGAUCACAACGUAGCCUUGGGGGGGGGGGGGGCACAAACAGAUCACACAAACAAACUGUCAUUCAAUAAACAAACCUCUGUCAAUAAAAACCAAAACAUUAUCCACGACAUGCACCUCUCACAGAGCACAGGUAGGGAUUCAUCAAUGUAAAUCCCUGGUAUCGUAUAAUAUCUAUUCAUAAUAUAUGCAUCUUUUUUUUCCAACAUUUAUACAUAUUCUCCUCAUAGUGAAACACUUCCCUUUCCAUUUAUUUUUUUUUCUAGUCAGGCUUAAAAAUAGACAACCAAAUAAAUAAAUAAAUAACCAUAAAAUCAAGUAAAAAACAUGGGCAGGAAGCAAUAUCUCCAUGAAAGAUUGCCACUUACUUGAAUAAAGAUAUGGAAAACAUUUGGACUACCAUGACAAAUUAAAGGAUAUGCGUAAUUUUGGUACGUUUGUUUUUUUUUCUUGCUAAAAUCUAGAGGAAAAA